AUGCAGCAUGAACGGCACCGCGUCCCGGUGACAGCGGUCGCAUUCUGGCGCGACGAUGUGCUUCUUGCUGGAGAGGGAAGCAUUCUGAGUGCAUAUGAUGUUCAAAAUAAGAGACUACUGGCAUCGGUGAACAUUUUUGAUGGACAAGCAAUACAUGGCAUCAUCAGCAGCAAUGCCAGCGAUGGCCGCCUGUUGCUCUUGGGCGGCCGCUACGUGCGGGCCCUGACCCUCUCGCAGAACGAGCACAUAUUCUUCAAGCUGGGCACGAUUGCAGAAGCCAAUGACUGGAUAUUGGACGCAGCCUUCUCCGACUCAAAUUCAGAUGGAAUAUGCAGAGCAGCGAUUGUGACAGCACACAGUGCACUGACUAUAGCAGCUGUCGACCAUGCGCUUGAUACACGCCUCGAAGAUGUGGUGCCCGGGUCCAACUGCAUACUAUACACCGCACAGGUAACAUGGCUAAGUCCUUUUAAAUGUCUCAUUGCAUCAGGCACUGCUUUCGGCGACAUCAUUGUGUGGUCAUCCGACAUUUCAGAGCAUAACGGUAAGCACUCUGCGAUAUGGCAAACGCAUUACACGUUCUCUGCCCACGACGGAUCUGUUUUUGGAAUCCAGAUAGGUUCUGGAGAAAUCGCCGUAGCUCUUGGUUCAGAGAAGCAUGUUCUGGCCAGUUGCAGUGAUGAUCGAACGAUCAGACUAUGGAAUAUAUCAGAUCUUUCGUCCCGCAGUCCUGCCAUAUCGGAAACCCAACGGGAGACUGGAUUUGGCUCUAAACCAAUCGACGAAACGCACGCACCGCCAUGUAUCGCGAAGGUGAUGGGCCAUAUAUCGCGGAUUUGGCACGUCCGCCUUCUCUAUGGCACGCAAGGUGCGAACAGCGAUCAGAAUGCUGCCAAAGGAGAUCCUGUCCGGCUAUUCUCAUUUGGGGAGGAUGCAACCUGCAUCUCUUGGUCUUUGGAUUGCCAGCACGACUCCUCUUCAACACCACAAUAUGCCUUCCAGCAGACAAAUGUGGAGAGAGCUCACAACGGGAAGAACAUCUGGUCUGUGGCGCUUGGUACAGACUCUCGCAUUGCCACCGGUGCUGCAGAUGGUGCUAUCUCCGUCCUUUCCAUGCUCGGCACGACCGUUGCUGGACGGAGGAAGAGAUUGACAAUUCAUUCUGAGAGCGGCCAAAGUAGGCCGGAUCUGGUCAGAUCGUACAGCUUCAUUUCAGCGACGGAGGUGCUUGCCAUUACUGACCAAGGCAACAUCCUUCGACUGUCCGUGGAAUCUGAUGGCGCUUCACGACUCGUAAGGGUUUCGGACUCAUGUUCAGAUGCCGUGCGUGGCUACUCGAUAUGCACUGGUGAUCACAGUGCUGGAUUUUUCGCAGGCAUGAAUGGAAAUGUCUACGCGUACGACGCGGUGGAAGACCGAUGCUACCAGGUCGCCAAGACGGAGCGCAAAGUAGUUGGUCUCUACUCGCAACGCAUAGCAUUGAAUGAUAAGAAAGGACACGCCGUGCUGAUCACGAACAUUGGGCUGCCAGUUGCGCUUUGUCUGCAGAUUUCAUCCAAGGAAGGUCGAGGAGAUAUGACCGCAGUCAAAUCCAUACAAUUGAACCUUCCCGACAAAAGCUUCGUCGUCACUAGCUUCGCACAGAACGAUGUUCCUGGCUGUUCGUUUGCAAUUCUGGGCUCCAGAAGCGGUUCGGUCGCCAUUUACAAGCUCGAAACGCAGUCAAACGGCGGCAGUUCGGAUGCAGUAUGCUGCGCUUCAGUCCAUGGCAAGGAAGCCGUCACAUCUCUCAAGGUCUUUGCAACACCUCAUGGAAAUGACGUACACAUCUUGUCCACUGGUCGCGAUGGCACAUUCGCAAUCAGUACGUUCGAAGCCGACACCAAGAGUGCCAUCCAUCUCACGCGUAUCCAUCAAUUGCUCCUGCCUUUCGGACCAAACAUAGAGGGCCAAGACUGCAUCGGCAACAGUGAUAUUCGUGUCUGGGGCUUCAGAAGCAAAAGUUUCGUGGUCUACGACAUCUCAAGUCAACGCGAGAUCAUGAAUGUAGAAUGCGGUGGAGUGCAUCGAAAUUGGACAUUUGAGCCCGCCAUAAAUGGCGGCACAUUCUUAUGGACUCAAGCCUCGAACUUGUACUAUCAACGGCAGUCCAGCCUACCGUUUGACCUGUUGAACUCUGGAGGGCACGGUCGGGAGAUCAAAACGAUGGCGACAGCGCCAACCAAAGCCGGCUUGAUGAUCGCCACCGGCGCCGAAGACACCAACAUCAAACUUUGGUUGCGUUCCGAAGACGGAAGCUGGCGCUGCUUGCACACAUUAUUCAAGCAUAACACUGGUAUACAAAACCUCUGGUGGUCGCAAAAUGGAGAAUACCUCUUCUCCAGUGGAGGGUUUGAAGAAUUCUUCGUAUGGCGCAUCCGCUACGACGUACCCAAGCUCGGCAUCGGCGUCUACCAAAAUCGCAAAUGGACACUACUAGCAUCAGGCUCCUACUUAGCAUCCUGCCUCACCCAAUGCCUCAAAAUCAAAGCGUCCAAAUGCUUCUUAACCGCCAGCACCGAUGGCCACCUCGCAGCAUGGAACAUGAAAUCCUUGGAGGCGAAAUGGUGCUGGAUUUCACGACAUCAAGUCCACCAGAACGCCGUGCUUUCCAUGAUAUCGCAUUCAAAUCUCAUCAUCACCGGCGGCGACGAUAAUGCCCUAGGCUUCACGUUCGUGGGUGAAAGGGACUUCGAUAGCUUAGUCGUGCCACGAGCGCACUCAGCAGCUGUCACCGCGCUCGCGGUUGUUCGGAACGAACUCAACCGCUUUUGGCUCGUCACUGCUAGCAUUGAUCAGCGUGUAAAGCUUUGGCAGAUCGAUGUUGCUGAUGUUGGCAGGGAGGGAGUAGAAGGCAUCAAGAUCAAGCUGGUGCAGAAUAGCUUUACUGCUGUAGCGGAUGUCUCAAGCAUGGAAGCCGUGGUAUUGGAGGACGGGCGGGUGGCCGUGGUGUUGUGUGGUGUAGGUAUGGAUGUCUGGCGCAUCGACAAGGACCUAUCCGUUGAAGGGUGUUAA